GAUGUUAAUGAAUCUUACACCAUGUCACUGUCUUUUGACAUCACAACCAUUCUCUUACCUCCUUAACCAAAACCCACCACCUCCUCCUUUCUCUGUCCAAUUACGCACCUCCACCUGGCUAGUUAUCCUACUCGUACUAUUAAUCCACCAAAAAUCCAAUCUUUAACGACUUUAGUCGAUACCCUCCUCUAUCUUUCUUGUUGGUUGUUUUUAGAAGGCGAUUCAAGGGUUUUCAGGCCUCUUGGCCGCGACCCAGAUAGAUAAGAGCAGAACUAGGCUUCUGCUUUGUCCUGUUUAUGGAGGGUUUUGGGUUUAGUGAUUCAAACAGUGCUGUUAGGAAGAAGAGGAGUAAUACAUCCCGUCGUCCACGGAAUGACUCACACACACCUUCCGAUUACAUUGAUGUUUCAUCCUUAUCAUCCACACCACCUUCAGAAACUGUAAGCAAAGUGUCAAGCGAUGACAAUAAUGAUUAUGGUUCAAUUUCGCGAAAGAAAAAAGUCAGUUUGAUUCUAUGCAGUACAAGAGCUUCUUCCACUAACCUUGCUGACUGUGAAUCUUCCCAGAAUAUGAUGAAGAAUGAAGAUGGAGGAUUGGGAGAAUCUGAUGAAGCUUCCAACAAUUGUUCUUUUCGAGGAAGUAACGAGCAGAGGCACAGUGGAGUUGAUUCUAGAAGGUCCAGCGAAGGUGUCCUUGCCCCAGCUAAUUGGAAAAGCACAACUAGCUCGGGGCAUGUUGGAGGUUUUUCAGAUGGAGUAGGAAAUGAGAGUAAAGUGAAAGUGAAGUUUAAAGUUGGUGGUAUCACACGAACUAUUAAUGCAAAGUCUGCAUCUGAUGGUGCAUCUGCUGUUGGGUCGUCAUCUUCAAAAUCUUCUCGCUUCCCAGAUCCCCGGCAGAAGUUAAUUGAGGAGAAUUUGGAUGACAACCGUUCCUUUACUUCAGGUAAGGGAAGUGGUUUACGAGGAGUCCCGUGGAAGGAUUUCUCCAGAAAUGGUCUAAAUGUUAGGAAAACAGAUGGUCUGAGAGGUGAGAAUCUGUCUUCAAAGCAAACUGAUCAGUACGAGCCAGUUCGUAAAAGUAAGCGGGUCCCUAAGAAACGGCUAUUAGAUGGAGUGCUUGAUGAUGGAGGUGAGGAUGAUGAUGAGAUUCGCUACCUUGAAAAAGUCAAGACUUUGAAGAUCAGCACUGAUUAUGGUGCAGAGUUUGAAGAUGAAGAGGGAGGAAGCAGGAAACAGCGGAAGAUAUCGAGAGUAUUGAAGAGAAAUGUUGAUGGUCUAUAUGAUGUAGAUGCUGGAGAUCAUGGAUCAACUAGAUUUGGCAAGGAGGGUAAGAAAUCUAAAUCAGGGAGAGUAUCUGAAGAUACUGAUUAUGUGGAAGAGGAAGAAUUGGGGUCAGAUGGUGACCCUACAUCUAAGAAUAAGAAGCCAAGAAAAGAGUUAGCUGAUCUACCAGUGGACUCCAAGAAGGAAAUGACAGUCACGACACGUCAACGAGCACUUCAAACUGGCAAAGAUGCCUCCUCUGGUUUUCCUAGUUUAAUAGAGUUCCCAAAUGGGUUACCUCCAGCUCCCCCUAAAAAGCAAAAAGAGAAACUCACUGAAGUGGAACAGCAGCUGAAGAGAGCUGAGGCUCUUCAAAGACGCAGGAUGCAAGUUGAAAAGGCAAAUAGGGAAUCUGAGGCUGAAGCAAUCAGAAAAAUACUGGGCCAAGAUUCCACUAGGAAGAAACGCGAAGAUAAACUGAAGAAACGGCAAGAAGAAAUGGCACAGGAGAAAGCAGCAAAUGCUAUGGUACUUUCAUCAGACCAUGUUAGGUGGGUCAUGGGUCCGUCUGGAACAACUGUAACAUUCCCCGAUGAAAUGGGCUUGCCUAGUAUAUUUGACUCCAAGCCUUGCAGUUACCCUCCUCCCCGGGAGAAAUGUGCUGCUCCAUCUUGUACAAAUCCAUACAAGUACCGAGAUUCGGAGUCAAAACUACCCCUUUGUAGUCUCCAAUGCUACAAGGCAAUUCAUGAAAAGGUGCAACCUCUUACUGCCUGUUAAGAUCAAGGUCCACCUGCACGAACCUACGAGUCCGGGUCUCCAUGAACUUAGGAAGUACUAGCAUUCCAGCUCCAUUAUCUGUAAUCUCGAAUAAGAGCUGGGGUGGAAGGCUUAUGUAAAGCAAUUAUCGUCACCAAGCAGAUGGGAGCAUGGAGAAAUUGCUUCUAUAGUCACAUAUAAUUGUUACAUUUUAGAAUUGUUCCUUUUAAAAUAUCAUUUCAUCUUGUAGAUGGACAUGUGUUGUGGGUUUCAGAAGGAGGAUUCAAAUUGGAUCCCUGUUAUAUCCAUCGUCCUUUCAUUCA